CACAACCACUUGUAGCUUUCCAGUCUGUACUCUCUCUCUCUCUUUCGUUAUACCAUCCACCCCCUCCCAUUUCCAAAAAUUUGGCCUUUCUCUCACACAUCUCUCGACCACCUCUCUCUCUCUCUCUCUCUCUCCAUCAGACACACCCUCUCCAAUGGCGGCCGCCGCCACCACCAGCACCACCUCCCACAGAUCCUAGUCCUAACUAGGUGUUACCACUAACUUCCCUGCAUCUAUGGCUGCUCUUCCAAUACUUGUUCUGGUACUACUUUUCGGGGGCGCUGCCGGCGACGACGUGGCGGCGCUGCUCGAGUUCAAGAAAGGCGUCGCGGACCGGGCCCAGGACCCGGUGCUGGGAUCCUGGUCGCUGCCGGCGACGACCGAGGCUGGCAACGGCGGCGCGGGCUGCCCCGUCGGGUGGCGGGGCGUGGUGUGCGACGGUGGCGCGGUGGUCGGCGUCGCUCUCGAGGGCCUCGGCCUCGCCGGGGAGCUCAAGCUGGUCACGCUGUCCGGCAUGCGCGCGCUCCAGAACCUCUCCCUCGCCGGAAACGCCUUCUCCGGCCGCCUGCCCCCCGCCAUCGGCUACCUCUCCUCGCUGCGCCACCUCGACCUGUCCGGGAACCGCUUCUACGGCCCCAUCCCGGGCCGCCUCGCCGACCUCUCCGGCCUCGUCCACCUCAACCUCUCCCACAACAACUUCUCCUCCGGCUUCCCCACCGACGGGAUCCGGCAGCUCCAGAACCUCCGCCGCAUCGACAUCCGCAACAACUCCUUCUGGGGCAAUGCCGGCGGUCUGCUCACUGAACUCCGCAAUGCCGAGUACAUCGAUCUGAGCGACAACCUGUUCACCGGGAGUGUCGAUUUGGAGCUCCAGAGCUUGACCAGCAUUGGGAACACGGUGAAGUAUCUCAAUCUCAGCCACAACAAGCUGGAUGGUGGGUUCUUCCGGAAUGAGACGGUUGGGGCGUUCAAGAACUUGGCGGUCCUUGAUUUGAGCGACAAUGGGAUUGGUGGGACAGUGCCCAGGCUCGAUUCAUGGUUCUCACUGGAGAUUUUCAGGGUUGCUGGCAAUGGGCUAUUUGGGAUGGUGCCUGAGCCUCUCCUCCAGAACUCGAUGCGGCUUGUCGAGGUUGAUCUCAGCAGGAAUGGCUUCUCAGGGUCAGUGCCGGUUGUGAACUCUACGACAUUAAAAGUGUUAAAUCUCUCCACCAAUGUUCUAUCAGGAUCAUUACCAUCCACUGUCGGCAAGUGUAUCUCAGUUGAUCUGAGUGGGAACCUGUUUUCUGGGGAACUAGCUAUAUUGCGUUCCUGGGAUGGGACUGUGGAGGUUAUUGACUUGAGUUCAAACAAACUGGAGGGAAGCUAUCCAAAUGAUGCCUCCCAGUUUCAGAACUUAGUCUCCCUAAAGUUGCGGAACAAUUCAUUGUCGGGAUCCCUCCCUUCGGUGUUGGGAUCCUAUCAAAAGUUAUCUGUCCUUGAUCUCAGUCUGAAUGCACUUGGGGGAUCUGUUUUGCCUACUUUCUUCCUGUCACCAACUUUGACAGUCUUAAAUCUUUCUGGAAACAGCUUUACUGGGACUAUUCCAUUUCAGAGCACCCAUUCAACAGAAUCAUUACUGCUAUCUUCUCAACCUGCUCUCAAGAUUGUUGAUCUGUCCAGUAAUUCUUUGUCUGGUCCAUUGCCACCAGACAUUUCUAACUUGCAAAAACUUGUGUUUCUUACUCUUGCAAUGAAUGAGUUGUCUGGAGAGAUUCCGAGUGAGAUAAGCAAGCUUCAAGGAUUGGAGUAUCUUGACCUAUCACAUAAUCACUUAACAGGCAUAAUUCCUGAGAUGCCUCAAACUGGUUUGAAGAUAUUUAAUGUAUCUUACAAUAAUCUACAAGGAACCGUUCCUAAAAGUGUUGAGAAGUUCCCCUUAUCUUGCUUUCGACCUGGAAACGACUUAUUAGUUUUCCCAGAUGGUCUGCCUGCUGGAAAUGAUGAUUACACUGGAGUUGGUCAGAGUCAAACGUCUAACGGACACAAGGCUGGUGUUCGAGUUGCCCUUAUUGUUGGCUGCAUUGGAGCCAUCUUGCUUGUGAUCUUCAUAGCAUUGGCAGUCUAUGUGGUCAGGUCUCAAGAGCUUUGUGGAAGAAAUGGAUUUAGAGGUCAGAUUACUAUCAGAGAUCUAAAGGGGAGAUUAAGCCGUCCAAACCUGUUCAAGUCGCCCAAAGAUAAUGUUAUACCUAGUAAAACAAGCUUCUCAAAUGACCAUCUCUUAACAGCUGCAGCUAGAUCAAUGUCUGCCCAAAAAGAGUUGUUGGCUGAAGCUGCUGUUGAAUAUGGCUAUGCUGAUCCAAAGGAAGUUGCUGGAUCCACAAGUUCUGGUGUGGCUGAGACCUCUGCUGCAGUCCAGGCUCAGGAGUCUUCUCCACGGUCUGCAUUGCCAACAUCACCACAUUUUGUUGAUUCUAGAUUUCAUGAGGAACCUGUAGCUUUUGAAGUAUACUCACCAGACCGGUUGGUUGGGGAAUUGAUUUUCCUGGACAGCACUUUGGUUUUCACAGCUGAAGACCUGUCACGUGCACCAGCAGAGGUUCUUGGAAGGAGCAGUCAUGGCACAACAUACAAAGCUGUGCUACAAAGUGCGCAUGUGCUGACAGUGAAAUGGCUGCGUGUUGGUCUUGUGAAGCAGAAAAAAGAGUUCACUAAGGAGACAAAGAGGAUUGGCUCUAUCAGGCAUCCAAAUAUAAUUUCAUGGAGAGCCUUCUAUUGGGGGCCUAAGGAGCAAGAGAGAUUAAUUAUUUCUGACUAUGUCAAUGGUGAUAGCUUGGCACUUUACCUUUAUGAAUCAACUCCAAGAAGAUACUCCCGACUGUCAGUUUGUCAACGGCUCAAAAUUGCCAUCGAUCUGGCUCGCUGCCUCCAGUUCCUACACCAUGAGAAGGGCCUGCCUCAUGGCAACCUAAAGCCAACUAAUAUAUUCUUGACUGGUCCUGACCUCUCCCCGAAGCUGGUGGAUUACGGUCUACAUAGGUUCAUGACUCCAAGCGGCACUGCUGAGCAAAUACUGAAUUUAGGAGCGCUAGGGUAUCGAGCCCCAGAACUGGCAAACACAACAAAGCCUGCACCAUCCUUUAAGGCUGAUGUGUAUGCAUUUGGGGUGAUCGUUAUGGAGAUGUUGACGCGCAAGAGUGCUGGAGACAUCAUCUCAGGCCAAUCUGGUGCGGUUGAUCUGACCGACUGGGUUCAAAUGUGCAACAGGGAAGGACGGGGAACUGACUGCUUCGACCGAGACAUUGCAGGCUUGGAAGAAUCUCCGAGGAUAAUGGACGAGCUGCUUGGGAUCUCGCUUAGGUGUAUCCUUCCUGUAAAUGAGAGGCCUAACAUGAAGACGGUCUGUGACGAUCUGUGUUCCAUAACAGUGUGAGUUUCCCUUUGGUUUCCGGUGUACAUGUAACCGAUCGAUUUUUGGUUGGUCCCGAUUUUUUUUCGUGGGUUUUCCAGAGCCUUGUAGCCAGGGUUUGCUUGAUUGGUAACUGUUAGUGUAAAGAGGAUUCGAUCCACCCAUUGAUUGAUUGAUAUCAACCUUUGCCA